UUUGGUGGCUACAUAUUUCCUCAGCUCCUCUUUCUGUCGCCAUUUCAUUCCAUUCUCCGCCGCCGCAACUUGCCACACAACAACCGCCAAAUCUCUGAAAAAGCACCCAACUUGCUUUAUCCCGGGAAGAUUAUUUGUUUUUUCUUCUGCGUUUUCCGUUUUCAAGAUUCUUUCUUUGAACUUGGAGUUCAUAAUAUAUAUAUAUAUACAUAUAUUCGUCGAGAAAUGGAGAGAGAUUUCAUGGGCUUAACUGUAAAACAGGAGAUUCUUGAAGAACCAACAGAUCCAGUAAUAGUUCAAAGUUCCACAAUACGACGAUCAUUGUCCAACAAAAUGUCUGCUCCUCUUCACUACCAUGCAUCAACUGGACCAGUAAUCAUAACAAGUGCAGAAACUGUUGAUUAUAGUCUCAAACCAUAUUCACGAGUUCCCCAGAAAAAUAUGGUUCUUGAGAAACUGGGGGGAAUCCAUUAUACACACUCGGUUCUUUGCUCUCAUGAAGUGAAAGCUGCUAGACAGAACCAGCUCGGUUUUGUUCAGAAUCCCGUGUCUAUGGUUCCUGCUAGUGGUGCUAUAGUGGGCACUACUGAAUUACGGAAUGAUUCUCAUGCCUCGAAUGGUCCUGCUCAGUUGACCAUCUUUUAUGCUGGUUCGGUGUCUGUUUACUCCAAUGUUUCUCCCGAAAAGGCUCAAGCUAUUAUGUUGUUGGCGGGAAAUGGGAAACCUGCUGCUUCUCCAGCUCAAGGAGCGGUUUUGCCAAGGCUUCCCAUCAUUGACGGUUUUGCUGUAAACCGAGACGAUAUCAAAGCAGCAUGUUUCCCGAGUCCCAUUUCUAUAACGCCCUACGCCAUUCCACAGUCUGCUGCAGGCUCGGGUAGCUCUAAGGAAGCUACUGCUGUGAAACUGGCUCCAUCAGCAGUGCCUUUAGCUCGCAAGGCUUCUUUGGCUCGGUUCCUUGAGAAGCGCAAGGAAAGGGUAAUCAGAGCAUCUCCUUAUGCAAACAAGCACUCCCCGGAAUCUGACAGCAUAACUUAUCCCGCGAAUUCAUUGAGCUCGUUUCCUCUGGGCGCUGCACAUUAGUUUGAAGAUUGAAAGCGGGUAAAACAGCCCGACCCCUUCACAAAUACUGGUUGAAGGGCUGUUGUACCCAUUGUAUUCUUUUUUUUUUUAAAAGUGUACCCAUUGUAUUCUUGAUGACCUAAGUUCUAGAUAUCUGAUAGAUAUAUAUGAAGCUGGCAUGGUCCUUUAUUUUUGUGGGUUCCCAAAACUUCUCAAUCCCACUAUCUAUUCUUUGUCUGUCAAAUUUUUCAUGUAAUAUGGUGUUGCUUUCUGAAGCAGAUAUAUUGGUGCUGGCAUUUGGCAGUUUGUAUAUUGUAGCCAACACCAUCUUGCUCUUGUAUUAUUAGUUUGUAAAGUGCAUUCUAAAAUUAUUAUUAAAUGACACUGUAUCAUAUUACUU